AGCAGCAGCAGCAGCAGCAGCAGCAGCAGCAGCAGCAGCAGCAGCAGCAGCAGCAGCAGCUGCAGCUGACCGAUGAUGCCGCCGAGGGAGUGGCCCACGAAGGAGAUUUUGUCGAGGCCACAGCAGCAGCAGCGAAACCGCAGCAGCAGCAGCAGCCGCAAAACCGCCAAAAACAACGUCCAAACCAGCAGCAGCAGCACUGCAGCAGCAAAACCUCAGCAGCAGCAGCAGCAGCAGCAGCAUUAGAGCAGCAGCAACAUUCCAACAGCAGCAGCUGCAUCGCAGCAGCAGCACUGCAGCAGCAGCAACAUUCCACCAGCAGCAGCAGCAUCGCAGCAGCAACACCGCAGCAGCAGCAGCAGCAGCAGCAACAGCAGCAGCAGCAGCAGCAGCAGCAAAGACCUUCGGUGUGUUCAAUGUUUGCUGCUGAAGAGAGAAAGGCGAUGUGCUGGUAA